UUGUUGUCUCUGCUCUCUUCUCACUUCUUCUUCACAAAACCAAAAUCAUUUCUCUCUCUUUGUUGGUCAACUCUGAGCUCCACAAUUUCUCUCUCUCUCUCUCUCUCUCUCUCUCUCUCUCUCUCUCUCUCUCUCUCUCUCUCUCUCUCUCUCUCUCUCUCUCUCUCUUCUAUUUUCCUUUCAAACCAAAUUGCAUACUUUUGUAUACUUUGUACUACAAAACACACACACACACAAAUUCAAAAAAAAAAAAAAAUUCUUCCUUUUUGAAAAAAAAAAAUACACAAAUUCAAUAGAAUAUUUUCAUAAUUUUGAUUUUCUUUUUAAUUAUCUCUAAGCUUUCUGAUAAUUACUUGGGAGAUAAGAUAAGAUGGCUGCUCCUCAAUUUCCAAAAGUUCAAAAACAAGGGGAGAAGAAAGAAGCUCUCAGAGUUGAUAAUAGCUUUAGAUUGGAACCCAAUCAUUAUUCCACCACCAACCUGGAAGGAAGUCCUUCUGAAUCUUCUAUAACAGCCUCCAUGAUGGAAGAAAACCAUGCCUAUAAUCAUUCUCAGGCUGCUUAUCCAAGCACAACCUCUUAUGGUUACUACUAUCCAGGUUACAAUGGCUCUCUUGGAGAUUUUUACAACCAAGGAUACUACAUUGCUGGGAAUGCAAUGGAGCAACAAUACCCUGUUGUGCAAGCAGAUAGUGGAUCCUUUGUUUACAUGAUGCCCGGGCUCUAUCCUGGAUAUGAUCCUUAUACACCUUACAUGCCUGUUAGUACUAUCACUGUUGAUGGGCAAUAUGUUGGGCAAGAGGUCUACCCACCGAGUCCCAUGUUUCAGUCUCCCGUUCCUUCACCUGAAUAUGGUACAACUCAUCACGGGGAUCCACUGCAGGCACCCUACCUUUGGAGUUCAUCUCUUGUUGGUGAUGGAACUUAUGAAAAUGGUUAUGUUGGAUUGUUGGAAAUUCCAGCUGCCAAAACUGAUUUCUCUGUUCCAGUUGUUCCGAGGGCCCAACCACCGAAGUCUUCUAAACUUGCAGGCUCAGUCAAUCUUUCUCCUGAUGUUUUAUCAGGUCAAACCAAGAAGCUAAAACCAUUAAACAAGGCCUCAUCUCAUACCCCAAGUUUUCAGUCAGAUUUACCUGCCCAAGGUUACUAUACAGUUGCAAAAUUUCCUGUGUAUGGUCAAGGGAAGAGUGGUUUGCUCUACUCAAACAACUCAGUUAAUUUGAAACCAAAUGUUAAGGGAUGGGGAGGCAGUGAAAAGUUAAAAGCAAGAAGCAAGGUUAACGGUGUUAGUCACGUUACUUUACUCAAUGACAAGAAUAAUGAUACAGUUAAUGCGAAGAGUGCAUUGAGGUUUGGAGGUAAUGCUUCUCAAUCCUUGGCUACUGAUGAGGUUGGAAAUGGUGUCAGCAUAACCUCUUCAAUAAGGAGAGAUGAAUAUAACAUUCCUGAGUUUUCGACCAAAUAUGAUCAUGCCUACUUCUUUGUAAUUAAAUCGUACAGUGAAGAUGAUAUUCAUAAAAGCAUUAAGUACAAUGUUUGGGCUAGCACACCCAAUGGGAAUAAGAGGUUGAAUGAUGCAUAUCAAGAAGCACAAGAGAGGAUGACAGAGAAAGGCAGCAAGUGUCCUGUGUUCCUUUUCUUUUCGGUAAAUGCUAGUGGUCAGUUCUGUGGGGUAGCUGAAAUGACUGGACCGGUGGAUUUCAAUAAGAGUAUGGAUUUCUGGCAACAGAGCAAGUGGAGUGGUUAUUUUCCGGUCAAGUGGCAUAUCAUUAAAGAUGUUCCAAAUGCGCAAUUACGACACAUAAUACUUGAGAAUAAUGAGAACAAGCCCGUAACGAAUAGUAGAGAUACUCAAGAGGUGAAAUUCCAUCAAGGUAUCGAAAUCUUAAAUAUUCUCAAAAAUUAUGCUUUAAACACUUCCAUAUUAGACGACUUUGAAUUUUACGAAAACCGUCAGAAAAUUAUGCAAGAGAAAAGGGUCAGGCAAUCUGUGCCUAAUCAUGAUUUGCAGCGGAAGGUGGAAGAUUUAACCGCGAGUUUUCAGGCCGUAGAUCUUUCUGCUGCAAAAACCACCUGAAGGACUACUUCAUGCCAGAGGCAGAGUGGAGAUAGAGAAAUGGAAUAUGAAGUAUCCCAAAAGACAAGUAGCCUUAUUGGUCAGCUUUUAAUAAUUGGUGAUGAUGCUACUAAAAAAAACAAAAACAAAAAAAUAUUAAAAAAAAAAUCUCAAAUAUGAAAACCAGAUAUAAAAAGGGAAAAGAUGUAAAGCCUUCCUCCAUAAUAUAGGGUUCCCAUGAUUGAUAUGGUAAAUGUUUUUUUUUUCUUCUUUUCAUUCUCUCUUUUUGUUGAUUUCUCCUUCUUCAUAUGAUUUGUAGUUAUUUUCUUCUUAUUGUGCAACCCCCCCAACACCCUCACAACUUCUUUGUUCAGGGUACAACUGUAAUUUUAGUCAAAGCAAAAGGGUGGUCAGUGGGUGGUGGUUGGCUUAUACCAUAAUGUUUCAAUAAUAUAUCAAUAAUGAAGAAUAAGAAGUUUCCUUUUGUGAUA